AGUUUAUCCGUCCUAGUCGCUCAAUAUUCAGUAACAGCUCAGCUCUCAAACCUGUCACAACUCCGGGGAUACCUAGAGAUAGGUAACCCACGGUUCCAGGUUCAAGUAUCCUAGUCCUGGUAACCCCCUUCAGUUCUUAGUUAAGGAAGGGUUCAGCUCCUAAUCCGGAAAUGAAUAGUCCAGGAGAGGAUACAGAAAAGGCUUCAGGGAGCAGAUUCCAGCCCGAGGAUGAUAUCUCUAGUGCAGGGUUCAGAUUCCAACCCGAGGAUGAUAUCUCUAGUUCAAAAGAAGGUUCGGAGCCAAGUCUGGACCACUCGGAAUCCAACCCAGCAGAGUUUGAACACUUAAAACUAUUGGUCACUCGGAUUCACAGUUUGAACUCUGAGUGUGAGAGUGGGUAUGAUGAGACUCCAAGUGAGUGUGAUAUAAAGGAGGUUGAGGAGGAGGAGGAUGGAGAGGAUCCAACCAACCUUGGAUCCCCAGAAAUUGAGAAUUUUACUGAUGAAGGACGGGAGAGUGUAGAGACGGAGGAUGCCGAGGACCUGGAGGAGGACUACUCAAUCAAGGACCUGGAGUCACAACCUUCUCCAAGGUCUGAAAUCAGAACUGACGAAGUUCUCCGAGUUCAGGUUUCAGUCUCCACUGAUCGACCCAAUUCAUCCGAACUAAAGAAAAUAUCUCCAUCUGAAAAUUAUUCUAGCGUACAAACACAGGAUCAGAGCAAACAAGAAAAAUCGGAAAGGGUCGGAAAAUCAAAAUUUCAAGCGCAGAAAACUGAAUCCUCUAAUCGACAGGCUGACUCCAAAAAUCGAAAAUCUGAACUUGAAGUUUCAAGAAUAGAUUCACCAACCAGAAAACGCGUAUCUUCAACUCUAAAAACUGAAUCGCCGAUUCGGAAGGUACAGAUUGGAAAACUAGACUCCCCGUUGAAAAGUAUUUCGAUUAGAUCACCGAAAACACAAUCACCGGUGCGGAAAACAGAAUCACCGGCUCGGAAAACAGAAUUUUCGACUCAAAGUAAGGAUUCACAAACUCUGAAACCCAAAUCUCCGGUUCUAAAAACUGAAUCCCCAAGUCGAAAGAUCGUAUCUCCGGUUCGAAGCUCCCGCUUCCCGGCUCGGAGCCCCCUGUCUCCGGAUCCAAGCCCCCUGUCCCCGGCUCGAAGCUCCCACUCCCCGGCUCGGAGCCCCCUAUCUCCGGCUCGAAGAACAGAAACUCGAAGACUUACAACAGCGAAACACAGUUCUGUAUCUGGGAACGGAUGGGACAGUUCCCCGCCCACCUGGCGGCCCGCCUACCCGAGGAACACAAGUUUACCAGGACCAAGAUUAAUAUCAUCACUCUCCAAGUCCGCCAGCACUUCGUCCCUCUCCUCAAUGAAGUCGAAGUCUACCAAAGACCUUCGUAGACCAAAGAUAAGUGAGAAGGUUUUUACCUGCAGCAGGGAUUGCGCAGCUCAUAGAGAGAGAUCAAGUACUCUGGGUUGGGAUAGAACUGGAUCAGGACGGGACGGAUCUAACAGAUUCUCCGGGUCCCCUCGUUCACUUGGAAAACCUAUACAGCUCUGGGAGAUACAGAGAACACUAGGGAGAGGAGAUUUUAUAGAGGGUGUGCUGAACGUUGACUUUAGUAACGGAUUGGAGAGUUAUAUCUGCGCUCCUAUACAGCUAGGCCGGUCAGAUGGACAUCUACAGGGCAGGGUCAAUAAAUAAUAAGUCACGUGACAAUGUAUUCAACAUAAACAGGAUUUCGGUAAAGGGUGAGAAGAGCUUAUUUAAACACUCUACUAGCUUCAUAUUCAUUCUAAUUGUUCAAUUUGCUAACAAACUACAAACCGGGAUGGCUAGUCAGGAUAGCUAUUAAAUAUAUCCUAAAUAGCUAGCUAUCUAGAAUAUUGGUUGCUUACUGAUUCAAAUAUUCACAUGUAGUCCAGCCAUUAUAAUAACAUCUUUAUUAGCUAUCUAAUGUUUAGUCUGCAUGCUAAGAUUGCUAGCUAGCAAGAAGUUGCAACCAAAAAGCUAAUUCUUACCGCUGAACACUGUACAGUGUUCAAUGUACAGUUUAGACCAAACCUAACCUUGUACAUGAACAUUGCAUACUUUCCACUAAACAAGGUUUACGUUGAACAGAAUAUAGUGUACACUGUAACUGACACUAAACGCUGAACGCUGUAUGUACUAUGUAGAACACUUUACGCUGAACACUUUACGUUGAACGCUUUAUGAUGAACACAUUACGGUGAACACUUUACGCUGAACACUUUACGUAGAACACUUUACGUUGAACACUUUACGCUGAACACUUUACGUUGAACGCUUUAUGAUGAACACAUUACGGUGAACACUUUACGCUGAACACUUUACGUAGAACACUUUACGCUGAACACUUUACGCUGAACACUUUUCGCUGAACACUUUACGUUGAACACUUUACGCUGAACACUUUACGCUGAACCAGAUGGAAAAUAAACACUGUACACUAAACACUGUAAGCUUAACAUUGUACAUUGAACACUGUAAACUGAACACUUUACACGUACUGAAUGUACUAAACUUUGCAACCGUACACAAUUUCAUAAAACAAGUAACCUUUUAUUACAAAUUUAAAACCUAUAUUACCUAAACUAAGCGCCAAAAGUAAGAAAAUAUAUUUUUUUUAACCAUCCAAAUAUUCCCCCCCCCCUCAUCAAUAUUAGCUAUAUUGAAAAGAUGAUAUAUUUUUUAUAAAUUGUUUUGUAUCCAAAUCUUCAAUGCAUAUUUUCUUCCACUUUUCUGAUCUUUUUUGCUUGUUUUCCUCUUUCUUCUUUUACUUUUUUUUUAACCACCGUUUUCUCACUUAAAGAAACUGUUCGCUAAAAAUAAUAAAAGGGUCAAACAAAAUAAUCAAAGUUUGGUAUUUUCGUUACCCUAUUUUAUUUUCGAAAACAUUCUCUUUAAUUUAUCUUCCGUUUCUUUUCUCUCUGCAUUCCUUCAUUCUUCAUACAGUCAGAAGCAGAAAACAGUGAAUUAUGAAGACGACAUUAAAGCAAUCUUCAAGUGUAUUUUAUGCUGUUACAAAGCAAACAGUUUUACUUUGAUAGAUUUAAAAUCUCUGAUUAAAAUUUAAAUGAUAUGGUUUGUACACACUGCCCAAAAUUUCAUUGGCCUUAUUUAAAAUCAUAACUCAAGUUUGAAAGUCGUCUUACUAUUUCACAAUUUUCUGAUUGCACUUUAAUUCAGGUUUUUUAAAAUUAGCUAGAGAUAUCAAUGCAAUCGGUAUUUAAAGUUCUAAAAUGCUAAUUUUACAUUAAUUUUUUUUUAUCAUUUUCAAAAUUUCAAA